AUGCAGGUCGAUACUCAUACACAGCCUUUCCUAGAUGCUCGCCGCCAGCAACGCCACCUCCAGGAUGUGCAGGCUAACGGCUAUCAUCCCGCACCUACUACCAGCAAUUUCCUAAUGCCGGAAGCGCAAGGCACAUUUACCUUCUCUGCGGAACCCACAUCCAUGGUAUACGAUGCACCCAUGGCCUCGUCCGCUACUCCUGGGCAAGAGUCCAUUCUCACACCCAAUAUUGGUUCUUCCCUCGACUCGUCAUUACACCCAGACAUGUCAUACCCACCGCCAAAUAUCUACAACCUGUCGCAAAACUACCACCUUUCUCCAAGCUCCUACUACGCAAAUGGCCAAAACAUCUCGCCUGAACAGUCAGCAGAACAGUUCAGCUCUGAAACUGGAUACACAAGCGACCCCAACUAUCAAGAUCUCAGCACAUGCCCGACACCCAACUUCAGUGGACAAAUCCUUGAUGAAUUUUCUGCUCUCAAUUUCGCCGACAACAGUGCGACCAGUAAUUUUCCGUCCUUCCAAGGAAAUGUUGACAUGUCGACCCUGACCACUGGUUCGCUAAACGUGUACAAUGCUCAGCCAGCAAUGACUCAUUCCUACACUUCGCUGGAUCCGCGCCAGCAGUUACUAUCACCAAGUGCGACCAACAACUCUAGCCCGGCAUUGGGCGAUGAGAGCUCCACGUUCACUUCGACGCAGUAUACUGGAAACACAUCAACGCCACCGAACCAUGCGAGCCACCUGCAGCACACAACACCAACGAAACAAAUACAGAGUCCAGCAUUGACAAACAGUCCUGGUAACGUGCCACCGGUCAACAUUCAGUCCCUUACACGCCAAUUGACAAGUCCUAUCGUACGCGUUGAAAAUUAUAGCAGUAGCAGAGAAGGGUCGCCUUCGCGUUCAGACCGUAGCCGAUCUAUUGGCAGACUGAGCUUCAGUAGCCGCCAUUCCGGGAAUCAUUUAUCCCCCUACGUACAUAAUGAUGUCUCGGAGAAUGAGUCAGAAACACAAGAACGAACGUAUAUCCAGCCAAUGAUUAAUAGGCCGGAGCGUAACGACGAUGGGUCAUGGCUGGCAGCGGGAGCAUCUGGUCAAACAGGCCUUAGUCCUGACGACCGCCUGAAGAUGGGAGAUGCGUGGAUCCCUAGCAUUGAGGAGAUUGCCGAACAGCGAUCCAAGGAAGAAAAGAAGCUAGAAGUGCAGGAGUGGCUUACCAAAAGCGAGGUUGGGAGCGAAGCAGGCGAUGUGGCACCCGCAAACAAUCUGCUCAAGCCAAUGACCGGCAGGCGUCGAGCAAAGAGUCACAACGAUAUCCAACGACAGGCUUUGUCUAGCAGCUUUGGUCUCGGCGUCAACACAGGUUUUGAUCACAUUGACGAUACAGGUAUACCCGGGCCGGGAGUAUACAUUGACGAGCGAAGCGACUUCGGCGACUACGACUACGAAGAUGAUGAGUCUAUAGAGCCCGAGUCUCCUCCUGCCGUUAUCGAUUUCGGUACAAAUCACGUCGAGAACUCAUAUUUCCCGCCUAUUCAUGAGAUAGAUUUGAAUGCCAGUGCCAUCGUGAAACCAUGGGUCGAUGUACCUUCGGUGGCACCGCAACCAUCAAGCUCUGGCCGCUACCAGCCACCUACUUCGAAUGCUGCUAUGAUGCGAUUCCGAUUACGAGCAAAAGACAUUGAGCAAGCUUCCCUGGCCGCUACAGUGGGAUCACGUCGUCUUAGUGAAUCUGAUAUUGGUAGUCUUCGCGCUUCACCCGGCGUCGCAAAAUUGAUCGAACCCGACCCUAAAAGGAGUAAAGAACGCCAACGCCGACCCAGUUUCCUCGAAACCAUUCUCCCCAAGCGGGCGCCAAGCAGUCUACUGAAACGCAAGAGCAGCAUCCCUGUGCAACAGUCUGACGCAUCCUCAGACAAGUCAAAGGAACCUGUCAUGGAGAAACCCAAGCGUAUGAGUAGUUGGGGUCGUCCCAAAUCACCACGAGUAGAUACCAAUCUCAGCAGUCACAGCAAAGAAUCCGGCGCAUUGAGCUCUACGGGCUUGACUGUAGCCCCAGCGGGACCAUGGUAUAAAGGAGGACCUAGGAGCGUCAUCAAACGCAGUAGAAGCAGAAGUGACAUUGGCAAGUCACCUGGUCUUGCAGAGCUAAUGACACAGCACGGAGGCCCUCCAAUGCCCAUGCUCGCCUCCCCUCUUGCAGAUACAGAGGCCAUGAAGUCCUCUGCACAGCCAAGUCCAGCUGGAGAUGACGAUGAUGACGAUCACGAUCCAGUGACAAUGGACCUAACGGUUCGCACCGAUCCAAUCAUCCCAACGUAUGAGGGCUUCAGGACAAACACGCGACAGCUCAACCCACGCCUUGAUGACUUUAUGGUUGAGCGUAUUACUCAAGAGCAAAUGCGGAGAUACAAGCGGUUGUUGGAAUUCAAGGUGAAGCACUUGAAUGCCGUACAGAGCAAAAAGUGCCCAUCAGGCGGCUUUUGUACGGACUUGGGCGGAGAAGCAAAAUUGCUUCCUCCACGAACAGGAGCGAAGGAUGCUGAUGCUCCGUUCAUUGGUUUCCAGGUUACUGCCCCUGGCUCUUCUGAUGAUGAUGGCGAGCACAUGGUAGAGGGAAAUAUUGCCCCUGCUGCAUUCCCAUCGGGGGUGCCUCUUCCUCCAGUCAAACGCCUUCCUGCUGAGUUUGAAUGCCCACUAUGUUUUAAGGUGAAGAAAUUCUACAAGCCUUCCGAUUGGACUAAACAUGUACAUGAAGAUGUGCAGCCCUUCACAUGUACCUUUCCAAAUUGUGGGGAGCCAAAGUCAUUCAAGCGCAAAGCUGACUGGGUUCGCCACGAGAAUGAGCGGCAUCGUCAGCUUGAGAACUGGACAUGCCAAAUCUCUGACUGUAACCAUGUCUGUUAUCGUAAAGACAAUUUUGUACAACAUCUUGUUCGCGAGCACAAGAUUGCCGAGCCGCGACAACGUACAGGUCGAGCUGGCAACAAAGAGGCCCCAACAGCCAACGAUCAAGAAGACAUUUGGACCAUUGUUGAAAACUGUCGACGCGAUACUGUAAAGCAGCCAAAGGAUGAGCCAUGUCGAUUCUGUGGCAACAUUUGCAAUAGCUGGAAAAAGUUGACUGUGCACCUAGCCAAGCAUAUGGAGCAGAUCAGCAUGCCCAUCCUUCCUCUUGUGAACCAGAAGCAGCUCAACGCCGACAGCAUCAUCAGUCCCAUCGUAGAACUUCCAGAAAGCCGGAAGCUGUCCAUCGCCUCUGCCCGCUCACCCAUGGACAACACUCUACGAUACAAUCCCAGUUCGAUAUAUGCGCCUGGAAUUGGCCCACAGAGUCUCUAUUCUCACGAUAUGAAGCCACAGGUGGCAUCUACUACAAUGCAGACAUAUCCGCCUCCACAAAUGGUCCCGCCAUCAAAUCACGUCAACGAAUAUACGAAUUUUGUCGGUAACAAUACUGGAGGCUAUUCCAGCCAGACUCAUCCCGGGCUUCAGUUUCCCCCAAAGCCCCACAAUGGCUAUUCCAAUGUACUGCAGAUUCCUAAUCAAUCGUACCAACACGGCAACAUGCAGGGCGGAGUACAGCAAUACGGUAUGACUCCUAUGAGCACUGUCCAGCAGCAACAGGCCAUGUACACAGACUCUCCGGUUGAUACGAAUACCACGCCGUUUCCUUCCUACUACCCGCAAGACCCUCAGGGACUGACGACUGAGGUGCCUGGCAUGGGUUUCGAUAGCGGCAACGAAAUACACUACCAGCAGGGCAGCACUUAUCCCGCUAUGUCGUACCCGACGACACAACACAACUAUGAUUACUCGCAGCCGCAAUAG